GAGGAACUACCCUUCCACUCACUCUCAAACUGACAGAGACGGCGAAGCAGCACGAUGGAUACAGCUUCACGUUGCGACCCACAUUUCCCAAACCCAAGGCUGUCCUUCUGGCUGUCGGCUCUGGUUUUGACUAUGACGUGGUCCUCUUCUGUCACAGAAAGUGCUGCUCCGAUUCAGCUCAGAGGGGAGGUCGGUGGAAAAGUGACCUUUCGCUGCCCCGUUGCAAAACAAAGGACACACAUAUUUUUGUAUCUUCAGAGGGGCGACAUUUUUGUCAACGGGUACCAUGUAAAAAAUAUAUCACGGCCGCCAUGGGAGAACACCAGAGUGGAUGACGACAAGACAACUAUACACAUGUACAAUUUGGACAUGUCACAUAGUGGGGACUAUCGGUGCGUCAUCCGGUACAGUGACAGUGCCACUCAAGUUGUUGAAACUACUAUUCAUCUCGCUGUCACAGCGACCUACAGCAAACCUGCACUCACAGUGCAAUGCAGCGAUGAAAACCGUCAUUUUAGUUGCCAGGUGACAUGCGCGUCACAUGGCGGCUACCCAGGCACCGAGGUGAUGUGGAAUGUAUCGGGGAGUCAGAUGUGGAAGGUCGUGAACAGCAGCGAGAUGAGCAACCCAAACACCAUGCUGGUCAGCAGCUCCAGCACAACAUACAUCAACUGCUCCAACGGAGGGCCGAUGUCCCUCAGCUGCUUUCUGGGCAACAUCACCUCAGACACCAUCAGGGUCUGUGAGAGAGGUAAACCCAAGGAUCCAUCUGACUAUACCAAUCCUUAUGUGAUACUAGCCAUCUGUGCAGUGGUGGUUGUCAGUGUGUUGGCAGUGCUGCUGCUGUGGUGGAAACACAAGGAAGGACAGACAAGAUCAGAAGAUAUACCUCUGAGGGAGGUAGAACCCCUCAAUGAAAACAAAGAAGGGAUAGAUGCAUCUUGAGUGCUGAACUGAUGAAGAGGAAGGUCCAAUUUUUCCUUGGACCGUAGAAUCUGUAACUAAAACUGUGUCAGUCAAGAGUACGUUACAUUUGUGAGAGACUGGCUGCAUAUGAGACAGGAACGGUCCACAAUAGUCUGUGACUCACUGGGGACCGCAUGCUGUCAACAUUUCACUGACAUGUUGUGACCUUUUAAGUGUUUAAGGAAGUAUUCCUUCUCAGUAUUCUUUUACAGGGGAGGUACAGUGCGUCAUUCAACUGAGAAUAGCUGACUUCUAAAAAAAAAAAAAAAAAAAGAGGACUGUUCCAAUGGUUUGUGGUGAGGUGUUACACUUCCCAAAACUGUGAGCAGUGAAAAAAAAAAAUGUUUUUACAGUUUGGUGAAAUAUAUUAUAUAUUUUACUGUUACGUUGACCUCUACAGGCAGAAGUGAGAUCUGUUAUACUCGAUGCACGUUUCACUUUCGGACUGUGUUUCAUCAUUUUUAAAUACAGUAUAUUGUUGUUGUUGCACUUUAAAAUUAUACAUAUUUGUUAUUUAAUGCCCAUAAUAGAACAGUAGUCAUAUCACAUUGGUACCUACUUAUUUUUGUUUGAAAGUGAUCAAAAAGCUACUGUAGAUCCCUAAUUUUUUCCAGGGUUUUAAUCUUUUUUUACUCUCUAAUUAGCUUUCAGAGUAGUAUCAGUAUCAGAAGCUGUGAAAAAUAUGUACAAUUGCAGAGAAGAUGGAAGUCAGAAUACUGUUUGCACAUGAAUUUGUUCUCUGCAGUAUAACGUUUUCUGCAAUAGAUUCCAGUACUCUCACAUUCCCCUGUAAGGUGCAAUAUUGAAUAUACAAAGGUGAUGGGUUUUUUCUUUGUUAAUUCAAUUGCCGUUACUCUAGAUUAUUUUUUUAGUGUUCUUUGCAACUCAGAAAUUUUUUUCUCAGGUGACUGUUCUCAUGUGAAAUACUGCUGUUUUGCUACAUAUUUAUUUUAAUUUAUGCUGUAUAUUGUUUACCCUGUUUACACUAGUUUGGGUAAUUCUGGAUAUUAUUCCUCCUUCCUCAGAAUUACCAAAUGAUCUCAAAGGGCUGCUUUCAUUUCCUAAAUCUGUAAGAAAUACUCCUGUCAGAUCGCUGUUGUAACUUUGUCUCAUUUUCAUUCUUUGGUUCUGAAAUCAAUUAAACAUGUGUAAUUAAUUUUUA